CAGACAAAAGCUGCAUUGACCCCGGCAAACAAGAACCUGGAAUAUAAAAUACGAAACACUCCAGCUAAACGCGUUAUGUUUACAAGUUUAUGAAUGUGCAUGCCCUUUUUAUUACUGCAUGUACUAUUGGACCCGGAUUUCAACUUUCAGGGUCAAAGGCGAACUAAAUAUCGCGGUGAUCUGGCAUAACGUGUUUCACGAUGGAGGCUGCAGUAGACGUAGCAGCCAAGUGGGUUGAGGAGAACAUCACCGUUCUGACAUGUGGGGGGAUAUCAGUACUGGUCCUUAUUGCCAGUACCCUGUACCUCACCUGCUGCAGGGGCGGGGGUGGACGCGCACCCCCGGGACCAACAAAAUGGCCGCUGGUGGGUUCCUUCCUGAAUAUGGCGUUGUUAGGGCGAGACAAACCUCAUCAUUUCUUCCCAAUGAUACACAAGAAGUACGGCCAAAUUGCCAGGAUAUAUUUUGGACAAUAUCCUGUGAUUGUUGUGUCUGGAUAUAAUGCUAUAGAAGAGGUGUUUGUGAAACAGGAAGAGAACACCAUCGACAGACCUAGCUUCGUCCCGGGAGUUAAGGCCGUUAAACGCAUUGGGAGAGGAGUUCUGUUUGCCAGUGGUGAGGACUGGGCAGGGCCAGGAAAACUGCUGCGAUCAAGUCUUGCUACCAUUGUUAACAGUGUGGAAUAUGAAACAAUCUUAACCGAGGAGAUAAAGAUACUUAUUGAUGACUUCUCGAAGGCGGGACAGAUCAGCUUUCAGCCUGGGGGCACCAUAGAGAAGGCAGUCCUGACUUGUCGAUAUGCCGCAAUCACUGGAAAGAGACUGGCACAUACUGAUCCUAGUCUUGAGAGGUUGCUGGUGUAUUUAGAUGAUAUUUCAAGGUAUGGCGGGACAUUCUCUCCUCUAGCCAUAGUACCUCUGCUGAAGUAUCUUCCAUUCACUGGCAAGGCGUACCGAAAUUUGAUAGGAGCAUACGACGGUCUUCAAGCAAUGUUGAAGGCAGAGGUCGAAGACAGAAAGCAAAACUAUGAGGGUCGAGCACAGUCUGUUCUUGACUUCUUCCUUGAGGAGCAAAAGAGCAACCCGGAGUCAACUCACUAUUCAGAUGGCAAUAUAGCGGUGAGUCUGGAGGAGUGUUGCACCGCAGGGGAACCCCCCAUUGGAUGGACUGUCGUUUGGGCUGUGAUUUACGCAACAGCACAUCCCAGUGUGCAAACAAAGUGCCAAGAAGAGAUUGACAAGGUAUGUGGCAAAUCUCGUCCCGUCAAGUUUUCGGACAUCGACAAACUGCCCAAUGUGCGUGCUGCAGUAUAUGAGACACAGCGUCUCGUGACAAUAGUUCAUAUCUCCGCACCUCAUUCAACAACAACCGAUAUGGACUUGAAGGGUUUCCAUAUUCCGAAAGACACAAUUAUAUUCAACCACAUCAGAUCGGCUCACAUGGACGAGACCCAGUGGAAGAACCCACAAGAGUUUGAUCCUUCGCGGUUCCUGGAUGGCAACAGUGUCAAAUUUCCUCCAGCAUUUAUGCCUUUUGGAAUUGGAGCCAGGAAGUGUGCCGGAUCAGUUGUUGCUGAGAGGGAAGUCAUGAUGAUGUUCGCAAGUCUUCUCCAGGCAUUUACAUUUUCCAGUACGGAUGCAAUGAACUACGAUGGAAUAGGAACCGUGGCAGGUAUCCGUCCGCCUUACACCAACAUCACUGUUUCCAGGAGAACCUAGAGACCAGACAGCCAAUAGAAAGACCAAUAUAUCUCACGUGGUCACGCUUGAGUGAUGUAAUCCUAGUUAACGCACCGGACUAUGUCCACUUCCAGGCCGAUGUAAUUGGCAUAUAAUGUACAUUGUAACCUAUCCUGUUUAGCCAAACAACAUUUGGUUGAUGCAUCUUGCGCUCUGCGUUUGGCACAAAGACAUGUGAUGAUAUUCAUCUCCAGUAUCGGAUGGCUGGCAAAGGGUGGAUGAAAGAUAGCUAAUGGGAAGACCAACACCUACCAUCGGAUGACACUUGAACACACUGGAACCCUACCAAUGCACGUCUUUGUGAAUGUAUUGUUGAUGUCUAUUCAUGACGACCUAUGUCUCAAAGAACAUGUAAUCGCUGAUAACGAUCGUAGUACAUCAAGAAUCACUGAAUAUAAUCAUUAGUUAGAAUAUGGUCUUCCUUGGAUAAAGGUGCAAAUGGUUACCUUUUUUUCAGUUGCAUUGCAUAUUUACUGUCAACAAGGGUAGAUAACUAUGUUA